UCUGAAGACCUGCUUUCUUCAACCUGAAAAUGUCCAGCAGAAAUCUUGAGUAUGGACAGCUCCCGGAAUAUGAGAAAAGCCAGAUUAAAAGGACCUUGGAGCUGGGGACUGUUAUGACCGUGUACAGCCUCAAAAAAAGUAAUCCAGAGAGAAGAACAAUUCAGGUCAUUAUGGAAACCAGGCAGGUAGCUUGGAGUAAAACAGCGGACAAGAUAGAAGGAUUUUUGGAUUUAAUGGAAAUAAAGGAAAUCCGACCGGGGAAAAAUGCAAAGGAUUUUGAGCGCGGAAAGGCCACGCGUCAAAAAGAGGAACAUUGUUUCACCAUUUUAUAUGGUACUCAGUUUGUUCUCAACACUUUAAGUCUAGCAGCUGACUCAAAGGAUGAGGCUGACAAAUGGCUUUGUGGGUUGAGUAUUUUGCAUCAAGAAGCUAUAAAUGCAGGCACCCCAGCAGUUACAGAGAGCUGGCUCAGAAAGCUGAUUUACUCGGUGGAUCAAUCCAGAAGAAACAGCAUCAGCCUUAGAGAGUUGAAAACGAUACUUCCAUCAGUAAACUUCAAAGUGAACAGUGUGAAGUACUUGAAAGAUAAGUUUGCAGAAAUAAAAGCUGCUAAAGAAGAACUUAGCUUUGAGCAAUUUCAUCUUUUCUACAAGAAGAUUAUGUUUGAGCAACAGAAAUCGAUACUUGAUGAAUUCAAAAAGGAUUCUACUAUGUUCCUUUUAGGAAACACAGAUCGGCCAGAUGCAUCAGCAGUACAUUUGCAUGAUUUUCAGAGAUUUCUGCUACAUGAACAGCAGGAAUCUUGGGCACAGGAUCUUAGUAAAGUAAGAGAACGGAUGUCCAAGUUUAUAGAUGACACUAUGAGAGAAACAGAUGAACCUUUCCUCUAUGUUGAUGAGUUUCUUACUUACCUUUUUUCAAAAGAAAACAGCAUUUGGGAUGAGAAGUGUGCCUCAGUAGACCCACAAGACAUGAAUAACCCUUUGUCCCAUUAUUGGAUUUCUUCUUCUCAUAAUACGUAUCUCACAGGGGAUCAGCUUCGUAGCGAAUCUUCCACAGAAGCCUACAUCAGAUGUCUCCGAAUGGGGUGCCGCUGUAUUGAAUUGGAUUGCUGGGACGGUCCUGAUGGGAAGCCCAUUAUCUAUCAUGGAUGGACACGGACAACCAAAAUUAAAUUUGAUGAUGUUGUGCAAGCAAUCAAGGACUAUGCAUUUGUAACAUCUGAGUACCCAGUGAUUUUGUCAAUCGAGGAGCACUGCAGCGUGGAGCAGCAACGUCACAUUGCAAAAGUGUUUAGGGACGUGUUUGGGGACCAGCUUCUAACAAAGCCCGUUGAAGCCAGCGCGGAUCAGCUACCAUCCCCAACUCAGUUGAAAGGAAAGUUUAUCAUCAAGCAUAAAAAAUUGGGGCCAAAAGGUGAUGUAGAUGUGAACACAGAAGAUAAGAAAGAAGAAAAAAAGCAACAAGGAGAACUCUACAUGUGGGACACCAUUGACCAGAAAUGGACUCGUCAUUAUUGUGCUGUGGCCAGUGGAAAACUCUCCUUCAGUGAUGAUAUCGAACAGAAUACCGAGGAAGAACCAUCAAAGGAAGUGAAACACACUGAGCUGCACUAUGGUGAGAAGUGGUUCCAUGGGAAGAUGAAAGAAGGGAGAACCACAGCAGAAAAGCUCCUGCAAGAAUAUUGUGCUGAAAUGGGUGGCAAGGAUGGGACCUUCCUAGUGAGGGAGAGUGAAGCCUAUCCGAAUGAUUACACCCUCUCGUUCUGGAGAUCAGGUAGAGUCCAACACUGCCGUAUCCGUUCUUCUUCAGAUGGAGAGAACAUAAAAUAUUACCUGACUGACAACCUCACCUUCGAUAGCAUUUGUGACCUAAUCCAGCAUUAUAAAGAAGCACACUUGCGAUGUGCUGAGUUUGAGCUGCGUUUGACCGACGCUGUACCGAAUCCCAGACCUCAUGAAUCGAAGAAUUGGUACUACAGUAACCUGAGUCGUGGAGAAGCAGAAGACAUGUUGAUGCGCAUUCCAAGGGAUGGAGCGUUUUUGAUAAGGAAGAGAGAUGAACCAGACUCGUAUGCCAUGACUUUCAGAGCGGAGGGGAAAGUGAAGCAUUGUCGAAUCAAGCAAGAAGGCCGUCUCUUUGUCCUGGGAACCUCUGCUUAUUUUGAGAGUUUAGUGGAGUUAGUGAACUACUAUGAGAAGCACCCCCUGUACAGGAAGAUGAAGCUGCGCUAUCCGGUGACCGAGGAACUUCUGGAGCGUUAUAGCAUGGAGAAAGAUCCUAGCUCUUUAUAUGAAGUCAAGAUGUAUGUAGAGCCCACCGAAAUAACACCUUCUGUGCCCCAGAGAACAGUUAAAGCCUUGUAUGACUAUCAAGCUAAGAGGGAUGAUGAGCUGACGUUCUGUCGGGGAGCCUUAAUUCAUAAUAUCUCCAAAGAAAGUGGUGGCUGGUGGAAAGGUGAUUAUGGGUACAAGGUCCAACAUUAUUUUCCAUCCAAUUAUGUUGAAGACAUGUCAUACGAUAGCACGGAGGAGCUUGAGAACCAGAUCUUUGAGGACAAUCCUUUAGGGUCACUGUGUCGGGGUAUUCUGGAUCUCAAUUUAUAUACAGUAGUGAAAAUGCCUCAAGGAAACCAUGGGAAGAGUUUUGUCUUUGUCCUAGAACCCAAGAAUCCUGACGACCCUCCUGUUGAGUUUGCCACCGAUAAAGUGGAAGAGUGGUUUGAGUGGUUUCAGAGCAUCAGGGAAAUCACAUGGAGAACUGCUGAAGAGAAAACUUUAAAGGGAUACUUGGAAAAGAAGCAGUUAAUUGCCAUGGAAUUAUCUGACUUGGUAAUCUAUUGCAUACCAACAAGCAAAACCAAGGACAACCUCGAUAAUCCCGAUUUCAAAGAAAUUCGUUCUUUUGUGGAAACCAAAGCAGAAAGUAUUGUCAAGCAGAAACCAGUUGACCUACUAAAAUACAACCAGAAGGGACUGACUCGAAUUUAUCCAAAAGGGCAAAGAGUGGAUUCCUCAAAUUAUGAACCUUUUCGCUUCUGGUUUUGUGGGGUACAGAUGGUGGCUCUUAAUUACCAGACACCAGAUAAAUACAUGCAAAUGAAUCAAGCUUUGUUCUCACUGAAUGGUUGGGCUGGGUAUGUGCUCCAGCCAGAAAGCAUGAGAAGUGAGGCCUAUGACCCGGUGCCAAAUGAAUCCAAGAAGAAACUGCAAAUGAUUUUGACAGUGAGGGUCAUUGGUGCUCGCCAUCUUCCCAAGUCGGGUAGAAGCAUCGCAUGUCCAUUUGUAGAGGUGGAGAUCUGCGGGGCUGAAUAUGACAACAAUAAGUUCAAGACAACUGUUGUGAGUAAGUACUGUUUGCUGUUCCUUGAAAGUUGGGUUCCACCUUUUAAUGUCAAAGAGAACGAUUGUGGUGUAAAUGAUUGAGGAUGGGUUGAGAAUCUACAAGUUGCAUCUGCAUCUUCUUAAUAAGCUAUUUUUUUUUCUGUUUGGAGGG